AUGCGUUACUCAACGCCAGCCUCUCUUCUGGCCUUUGCUGCAUUCGUUCUUGCCAACGAGGCCGCCUCUGAUGUUAUCAGCCUUACCGCUGCCAACUUUGAGUCCACAGUCGAGGCUGAGCCUCUUCUCCUAGUCGAGUUCUUUGCGCCAUGGUGUGGCCAUUGCAAAGCUUUGGCUCCUCAUUACGAGGAGGCUGCUACCGCUCUCAAAGAGAAGAACAUCAAGCUUGCCAAGGUUGACUGUGUCGACGAAGCCGACCUCUGUCAGUCAAAAGGAAUCCAAGGAUACCCUACCCUCAAAGUCUACCGAAAAGGCGAGGCCACUGAUUACACCGGCCCGCGCAAAACAGAUGGUAUCAUCAGCUACAUGAUCAAACAAUCUCUCCCUGCUGUUUCUGAAGUCACCGCCGAGAAUCACGAAGAGUUCACAAAAUCUGACAAAAUUGUUGCCAUCGCUUACCUCGCCACUUCCACUGACGCCCCUGCUGCUGAAUUCAGCGCAACUGCUAACUCUCAUCGUGAUGACUACCUCUUCGGUUUGACGACCGAUAAGGCUGCCAUUGAGGCUGCCGGUGUCACUCCCCCCACUGUUGUUGUAUACCGCUCCUUCGACGAGCCAAAAUCGGAAUACCCUUACCCUAUUUCUUCCCUUACCAAAAAAGAUCUCGAGGAGUGGGUGAAGGAGCUCGCUAUCCCUAUUCUUGACGAAGUCAAUGGCGAAAACUAUGCCAUUUACGCUGGCAGCCCCAAGCCCCUGGCCUAUCUGUUUAUUGACCCCAGUCUCGACGACAAGGAGGACCAUAUCGCCGCACUCAAGCCUGUCGCUGCCAAAUACAAGUCCAAGAUGAACUUUGUUUGGAUCGAUGCUGUCAAGUUCGGUGACCAUGCUAAAGCUCUCAACCUCGCUGAAGCCAAGUGGCCCGCAUUCGUUAUCCAAGACUUGGUCAAGCAGCUCAAGUACCCCUUCGACCAGUCGAAAGAUGUCUCCGCCGACGGUGCUGCUGACUGGGUUGAGCAAUAUCUCGAUGGAAAGCUCCAACCUCAACUUAAGAGCCAGCCUAUUCCUGAGACCCAGGACGAACCUGUUUUCACACUGGUCGGGAAGAACUUUGAGGAGACUGUUUUCGACGACAGCAAGGACGUCUUUGUCGAAUUUUAUGCUUCAUGGUGUGGUCACUGCAAACGCCUCAAGCCCAUCUGGGACAACCUGGGCGAGAAAUACGCUGCCAUCAAGGACCGUCUUGUCAUUGCCAAGAUGGAAGCUCAAGAAAAUGAUCUACCGCCCUCUAUCCCUUUCCGCAUCUCUGGAUUCCCCACUCUCAAGUUCAAACCCGCCGGUUCUCGUGACUUCAUCGAUUAUGAGGGUGACCGCUCUUUUGAGAGUUUGGUUUCAUUCGUUGAAGAGCACGCUAAGAAUUCCCUUGACCUUCCCGUAGCUGAGGAAUCCGCUCAAGUUCCUUUGGAAGCCGGAAAUGUUACGGGUGGCGAAACUGCCUCUCAUGACGAGCUCUAG